AGACGGACGCCCUCCUCACGUGAAUGGCUGUGUCAAAGCAUCGUCGCAAUCGAAGCAAGCGAACUGCACGUGUUUCACCAGCGGCAACCGCUGGGGAUUUCAAGCGCGUCGUACCGCUGUAACAAGAACAGGAAAAGUGCGAUUAUUACAGGAAGACAUUGUGUUCAACAACAGAAAAAAAACAAUAAAACAGUGUGACUGGUUGUGGUUAUGUCAAAUGUGCAAAAAUGACAGCAUUCAUUGGUGUGUAAGUUUUCUUCUUUCUUUCAAAAUUAAUCGAACUUAUCGUUUUAUUAUCAGUGCAGAUGAAAGUGGAGUAUUAAUUUCCAAUAAUGGUCGAACAAGGCAAAAAGGAGAGUGAUCAUAUUCCAAUUAGCGGUUACAUAUGUUGAUGGGAACUGAUUUAUGGUUAUUGUUCGAGUGAAGUGAAGUGAUACAUCCCUAUAUUGAUCCAUUUGGAAAUGAGUUGAGUUUAUUAUUUCAUUUCGUACCGAAAGGCGCGUUGAUUGAAACUGAACAAGUGGCACAAAACGGGAAAUGAAUUGUUGCAUUUGUCGGUUCUGUUCGUGAUAAGCUGAUUGUUCAAAGCAGGUGGCUGAACAUACUACUGAAAUUGUGUGGAACUGAUGCAGUGUUGAAAAGUGAAAUCGAAAUUCAAAACACCGGUAGACGACGUCGUUUAUUAUUGUUCGAAUCUGUUUGGCAGUUUUGCUAAAAAGGAAUACGUUACGCGGAUCACAACCAUGGGGCUCUUCGGUUGGAUUAAGAAGGACACCAAUCUGCACCGGCGCCGUGAGAGUGCACCGCCGGUCUCCAAGAACAUUACGGACAGUGUUGCCAGUGCGAACCGUGACCCGGCUUACUUGGAAAAACUACAUAAAUUCAAUGAGUGGCGAGCGAAGCAAAAGCUUGAACGAAUCAGUGAGGGUUGUGCGCUGGUACCGGACCGCCGGAUUCCGAGUGUAAUUGAGGAGGAAAAAUAUUCCGAAGGUGGAGAAAUUAGUGACUUUAGUUCGGACGUUGAAAUCAGCAGCGAAGAACGUAGAGUUCUGAACCGUCGAAUCGACAUUCCGAAAAGUCCUCGUUAUACCAGACAUCGCCAGGACACCGGUGUUCCGAAGAAACCGAAACGAUCCGUGGAAUUCUACAGAAACAUUAACCGGAUACCGGAGAAUGGUGAACUCAACUUAAAUAACGGUAAAAAUAUUAAUGUUCAUGAGAGAUUUUCGCUCCCGUCGGUUAUGCCUUCGGGAACACCCAGAAGAAUCAUUUCCAAUCUGUCAAAGCCGAAUAACAAUACGAUCUACGAAAACGAACUCGAAGAGUUUGAGCAGAUGCACAUGAACGAAACACUCGGAGACACCUACACCGUUCAAAGUCCUCCGAGUAGAUUCUAUAAGGAAAAUGCCAGUCCGUAUGCCAACAAUAGUUCGGUUUGUCGUACCAAUCCAUCGGUUCUCGACAUGACACCGAGAAAAGAAAAGAACUUACUACAAAAAGCAGCUCGCUCUCGGCGGUACAAGGACAAACCUGCACCGCCGCCGCCACCACCACCACCAUCAGUAUCACUUCCGUUGCCCGAGUCACCCGUAGUCGUUGUUGAGAAAAAGCACAACCGAACCUUCGGUAGCGGAUCCGAGUCUCCGUUCGCCGGUUCCUACCGCAAGUACGACAUCAACUCGUCUUCCAUCUACGACGAGCACGUGAUCUCAUCCCGUGCCUACCGGGGUGACAUGAAAGCACUCAAUUCGACCGCCAAAAGUCCUGCCAGCAAGGAACGACGAAAGUCACCGUCCUAUCAAACGGUCGUUAACAAACACGGAGAUCUUGUCGACUACGCUCUGCCGUUCAGUGACACGACCGAUACUCACUCCGAGCUCAACUCCACCCGGCACGACGAUCUGAUGAACGACAUCCGAGCCUGCGAGGAAGUCAUCAACGAGAACUUUCGCUUCCUGAACAGUGACAUUCAACCUUCCACACUGAUAAUCGAUGACAGUACCAGUAUGAUCAACGAACCGAUCAGUGUCCUCAAGGAGCGGGCACCACAGAUCAUCACCGAUCUGGAUCGAUCGAAUCACAGCACCGUCAAGGGAGAAGCGGAACUGUUGGAUGAAGUUGACCUAGCGAUUCAUGAACCACGCGAUAUCCUGCUGGAGCUGGAUUCUCUGGAGAAGUGGAGUAAGAGCAUCCAACUGUCGGACGACUUACUGCAGAAACAAUUUGCCGAGAAGAAUGUACUGGAAUACUUCCAGCGAGUGUCCAGUCAACUGCUGAUCUGUUGGCCCAAAGAGGUUCACUACCGAGUGGGAGCGCUGCGGAGCAGUUUCCUGGCACCGUUGGAGUUCUCGUGUGGAAUAUUCCGCAACGCACCGGUAACCCUGCGGAAAUACUCUCUGAACGUCGAGCGCUGUUUGUACUUUGCCGAAGAGGCAUGCAAAAAAGAUUUCGAACUACUGAACCACAUCAAACAUCACGCCAUCGUUUCGCUAAUGGCGGUUUGUUACGAUGCGGGCCUUAAUCAGGCUACCCUUCUGCUGGAACCGUUCGAUUUUACUCUGUUUGACUACAUUCAUAAAAUGAACAAGCGCCUUUCGCUGCUACACGCCAUUACCGUCGUUCAACAGAUUUCACUGGCCGUAUCCUACCUACAGGAGUGUGGUUACAUUCACUCCAACAUAUCCAGCGGUUGUAUUCUGAUGCGCAGGUACCCGUACACGGUGAAGUUAACGUCGUUUGAGUUAACCACGGAAGCGUCGGACUCGAUUCGAAAAGAAAUUGAAGAACGCUACGGUAGUACCUCAUCGUCGCGGAACUCCAUGACAUCUUCACAGCAUGAGGAACUCAAAAAGAUCACCACCUAUUCGAGGUUAAUAAAAAAUGACGAACAGUUUCUGCGGGAUAAAUAUCGCAAACUGUCCAAGGAGGUUUCCGAGAAUCGAAAAGCCCGAGUCGGGUCACCCGGUGACAGUGGGGCGUAUGACUGCCGAACCAGUCGCUACUUGCCGUACUGCAAGGAGUACCGAGAGAAGUUUUCCCUGUUCUACUACGUCGCUCCCGAACUACUGAUUCCAAAAUGUAAUUUCGUCUUUCCGACGAAGGGUACGGACGUCUAUUCGCUUACGCUUCUUCUGUGGGAAAUAUUAAACGGUUACGUUCCGUUUGUGGUGUACAGUCUACAGGAAUUGGAAAAGUUGCAGGCCUCUGCUAGCUUACAUUUGCCCAUGUUCGAAAAAGACCGUUGCGAAAGAUUCCGACAAGUUUUCGAAAAAGGUCUUACAUCUCUGAAUGGACGAAAAUUAACCGUUACGGAUAUCUUGGAUACCCUGGAGUGUUUACUGAUUGAAAACGGUAUGGAUAAGCACGGACAAAUGAACGGAUUUGCGGAAGACUACGAAGAAGAAUUGAACACUUCCGAGAUAAGAAAGAAGAAUGAGUUGAAUGACAUUCGGAAACAGAAUGCGAUGGAGAAAACGGAUAAAAUAUAUUUCCAGCCUUCCAAUGCACAUACUGAAAACACUAACAAAACGACGAAUGACUUAGUUGAUACCAAAUGUAUCAAACAACAACCGAAGAAACCUGCCCGGAAGAUCAACAAAACACCCAAACAAACCGAAAUUGUGUUGAAAGAGGAGCCCAGAACAAAAAAAUCCCCGUUCGGAUCAAGCUUCAAUUUGUCGCAUUCGGCAAUCUAUCAAACAAUAUUCGAUUUCAACAGCAAGUUUCUGUCACCGAGAUCAUCGAAACAGGUUGCCUACGAGCGAACCAGUACGGUGAAGAAGCACAAGAAACCCAUGAGGACGGGCAAGCGGGCAGCAAAGGAACUUUUUGAGCCCACAACCAGUGACAAUCCCAGUGAGAGCUUCCACAGACUGAGCGCUACCGAAAUGGCUGAUAGUUCGGAGCCAAUCCCGUCAGCAAAACAACAGCCCGUUAGAAUAAAACAACAUGAAAUCAUUGGACCACUGGAGACAUACUCGAAGGAAAGUCCAGCAAAAGCCAACAUCAACAGUGAAAAAUCCAAAUUUCUGAAGCAAAUCAUUAUGGAUGAGCCAACGGCAUGCGACUACUCGAACGAGAACCAACAGGCGGACACCACCAAAUCGUGUGACAGUUCUCCGGGGAUAAAACGAAAGAGUCACGGUUCCAAACUGUCCAAUUCAAUGCGAUUCACUAUCGGUGACAUCACGCUGCCCGAUACACCGAUCGCCAGGAAGAACAAAAUUCGAAAGCACGCUUGGCUUUCCGACCAGAAGUUGGUGAUUUCCGACGAAAAUACCUCCACACCGGCUACACCGAGAAACCACAGAACUUGCUCGUUUUUCAAUGAUCUAGACUCGAGACAGCCCGGAGGACGAGACAGCCGGUCGCAUGGAGGAUUGAGUACUCCCCUCAGUUUGAACAUUUCGUCGUCGAUGCAAGAAAUCAAACCAAAACGGAUCAACAUCAGUGUAAAUAUUAUCCGAACUCCGGACAUGGGAGAAAAACGUAAAGCACACAGCCAGGAGUUCAACAAAACCACACCCGCAAUCGUAGACAUAGAUCUGGACAAGUCAACUUCUCAGCAAGUUCACAAUACCAACAAAGCGGAAUCGGUUCACAAUGUUUUCGAAGGUACACUGUGGAAGAAGGAAAAGGAGAUUUGCGAACGAACGAAACUUCAUCAUUCGGCUGACAGCAUCGACGAGGAGCAGGUCGAUACCUCUGCCAGUGUGAUAACGGCGCAUUUAACUUCUGUGCGUGAUACGGUACGGAAGAUCGAAACCACAUUCGAGAACACUGGCUACGACUACAGCCCCAACAGAAAACUAGACUGCUUCAAAAAGCCUCCCGAAACCAAACUAAUCUCCGAAGAAUCGGUGGUUGUAGAGGAGAAUCUACUGAUUCCAACGAAGGUUCUCGAGUUGGAGAAAACAAUCGAACAACUCCCAAUCGAGAGUGAACCACCAAGAGCGGUUACUAGAUUGGACAUUGUUCUUACGAACAAUACAAUGAACAAGAAGGAAGAACUGUUGCAACAUCAACAACCGACGGUACUGCCAGAAUCGGUCGCAUUCAAUCCAAGUUCCCAGCUUUUCAUUCGUCGAAAGGCCAACAAUGCAGCCAGUGUGAUCCAACGCACAGUAUAUCGCGAAAGUAUAGUUUCCAGUACGGACCUAUCCGGGCUGGAUACGGCCAAUACUUCACAAGCGUCCAGCACGGCACUACCUCCGGGAAGUGCCCGCAAAAAGAAACUUACCACGCGGGUGACCGUCAACAUGCGCAAGAUCUCGCGCCGAGCUUCGGAUAUCGGCACUAGCCCGGUAAACUCGAGACCCAAUUCGCUUAAUCUGGAAGAGGAUCUACCUUCGUCCGGCUGUUUGACACCAACAAAUGGAUCGGCCCCGAUACGACAUUCCUGUGGAAAUGAUUUGCUAAAAGCCUUUGCUAAGCUGCGCCUAGUUCCGAGUAAUGAAGAAUCGAAUGGACCGAAAAGUGCGGGCAUUCAGGAUGACCGGGCAGUCGAACGCAGGAGUAUGUGCACACCGGUGAAAUCGAUUGGUGCCAAUCGGACGGAAAAGUUUGUAUGCUGCAACUGUGGUAACUCCAUGGUGCCCGCUGAUAGCUUGAACGUGCCCACCGGAAGCCGCAUCGGAAUGUCCGCCGCAUUCAGCGAGUUAAAUUUUCCCCGUGAAAGUUUAGCAUCUAUGUUCGAGGACAACCUUGGCUUCAUCCAGCAGCCAGUCCCUGGUACACCAGUGUCACGGCAAGCCCUCGCAGCAAUGCCGAAUGCAAAAUCAACAGAGGACCUGUACAUUGACGAUGAUUUCUGCCAGGGGCUCAAUCUAGGUGCCAACAUGGAACUGGUCGAAUUCGUCGACGAUGGGCACUAUUUGGAUGAGUUUGGCUACGAUAUUUAUACUACCGAGGAGAUUUAUGACGCCGAGGAUAUCGAAGAGAACAAUAGACCGGAGUCGAUCGGCAACGAAGGUGCAGAUGAAGAGGAACAGUUUUUGUCGAAAUGUGCUCAUUUGAAUCCAACCAGUCUGGAAUCGAUCGGCUCGGAAUUUUCGUCGACAUGCCUUGAAGCGGAAACGGUGCCGGACGAAAAUUAGUUGAAUUUUAUUAGUAUGAUGAUAGAUGUUACACCGCUAUCGAAAACUAUCAAGGGAACAAUAAUGUAUAUUUUAUACAAAAUGAAUACAGAUGACCAAAUCACGAUGCUGAAUUUAUACAGACAGUUGCUAUAGUAGUAUUUAUAUUAAAACAGUAUUUAGACACGUUUGGUCGCAAAAGCAGAAGAAUCUUAACAAAAACAUGGUGAUAAAUAUUUUAUAAUAAUUACUCGUACAUUCUUGACAUUGUCGGAGUCGAUCCUUUCUAAGAUACCAAAUAUUUAAACAAUAUUCUAUCUAUUUAUGACGGUACGAAUAAAUGACACUUUGAAAACGAA